CACAAGCUUCAUCAUCGAUCAUGGCCUCGAAGCGCAUCUCAAAGGAGCUCAUGGAUCUACAGAGGGAUCCUCCAACUAAUUGCAGCGCCGGUCCGGUGGCGGCUAACAUGUUCCGUUGGCAAGCGACGAUUAUGGGACCCCCUGAUAGCCCAUACGCAGGAGGUGUAUUCCACGUCAACGUUGACUUCCCUCCUGAUUAUCCUUUCAAACCUCCCAAGGUUUCAUUCAAGACUCAGGUCUUCCACCCCAAUGUCAAUAGCAACGGAAGCAUAUGCCUUGAUAUCCUCAAAGAACAAUGGAGUCCAGCCCUUACUAUCUCUAAGGUGUUGCUAUCGAUCUGCUCGUUGUUGACAGACCCGAAUCCUGAAGACCCCCUCGUGCCGGAGAUUGCCCAUAUGUAUAAAACUGAUCGAGCCAAGUAUGAAGCAACUGCGCGUAGCUGGACUCAGAAGUAUGCAGUUUAA